UCGAUUGUUUUGGGCUGCAAACAAGAUGGCCGCGAUGUGUCAAAAGUGAUAGUUCUGAGUCGAUUUUUUUAAAAUAACAAUAAUAUUUAAGAGUUCUUGACCGAAAUGGGUUUAUCUCAGAGCUCAGAAGCAUCCGAGGGAGGGACGUAUGGAUAUCACGUUCACGGAGUGCAGCCAAAUUCCCCUGCAGAAAAUGCUGGACUACAGCCCUUCUUUGACUUCAUUCUGUCUCUUGACUACAAAAGACUCAAUGAGGAAAAUGACCUGUUGAAGGAGAUCCUGAAAGCCAACAUGGAGAAAGUGGUGAAGAUGGAGGUGUACAGCACUAAGACCACAACAGUUCGUGAGCUGGAGGUGGUGCCCAGCAGCAUGUGGGGAGGUCAGGGUCUGCUGGGGGCCAGUGUUCGCUUCUGCAGCUACCAAGGAGCCAAUGAGAACGUUUGGCACGUCCUGGAUGUGGAACCCAGUUCACCUGCUGCUUUGGCGGGGCUUCAGUCCCACAGUGACUACAUUGUUGGAGCAGACCAGGUGUUGCAAGAUUCCGAGGACUUCUUCUCGCUGAUUGAAGCUCAUGAAGGGAAACCCCUAAAGCUGCUGGUGUACAACACACAAACAGAUGUGUGCAGGGAGGUGGUGGUGACACCCAACGGAGCGUGGGGAGGAGAGGGCAGUCUGGGCUGCGGCAUUGGUUACGGCUACCUGCACCGAAUCCCUGCAAAUCCUGAAGUAUCGACAGUGAAGCCUCCCACCCCAGUUCCUGAGGAGAAACCGUCUCCUCCAGAGCUGCCUACACACGGAUACACGGAGACACCUCUGAUGGCAGCUUCAAGCCAAAGUGAAGAUUUGUUGGACCUGGAGCAGGUCACCCUCGAGGAGGCCGCUCUACCUCCACCCAUCCAGAGAGUCAUGGACCCCGGGUUUUCCGAUUCUGAAGUAGCAGCGAUGAGCCCCGAUCCUGCAGAUCUGGUGGACAGGCUGGAACUGUCCGUGUCUUCCAUCGACAUGACCAACACUUCACUGGCCAUGCAUGAGGAGAAGGACAGUGAAAUAUCUGGCGUUGAGGAGCUGGAGGACAGCGUUCUGCUCUCAUCAUCAGCUGAGAACCAGACUGAGCCACAAGAGCCGAGCUCCCUGGCGGUCAUGGACCACACUCUGGCUUCCACUGAGACUCUGUUUGAUUCAGGUGUCGCACCAGCUGAACCAUCUGACCUGAUCACCGAGUCCUCAAGCUUCCAUCUUGAACCCAGCAACAGCCAAAGUCCACCUCUGGGUGACACGUCUCUUCCUGUAGAGUCUCUCAACCCUCCAGCUGAGCUUUCUGAGCCGGCUGAAGACCUUCCCUGUCCACCUCCUGUUGGUCUCAUCCCACAUCUAGCUGCUGAUGAGCUCACCACAGAAGAUUCUCCUUCUCAAGUCAUCGAGGAAGCUCAGGGUUCAGUGGAGGAGUCUGUAGAGUCUGCUGCUCACCAGUGUGACCACGAGCACGAUGAGGACGAGCCAGAAGAGGAACCAGACGAGUCCCAUUUUGAGUAAGCUUGCAUCAGGCCAUUCAGGAAGAUGAAAAGUUAAGCUGACAAUCACUGAUAGUUGGUGUUAACCCUCGUGUCGUCCUGCGGGUCAAAAUGGACCCGUCUUAAAAUUUGAAAAUGUGGAAAAAUAUAUAUAUAUAUAUAUACUCACAGUGAAACUUGUGAUGUCCACAUUAUCAACAUUUUUUGGUGGAAAAAAAUGUUAAAAAUGUUUCUUAAGAACAUUCACAAAAAAUCUUUUUGUGAAUGUUCUUAAGAAAAUAUUAGAAGCUUUACUGAUAUAUAUGUAAUCAAUUUAGAUAUUUUUUUGGAUUUUUUGGGAAGAUUUUUACUCAUUUUUUGAAAAUAUUUUCUUGGCAAAUUUGGGGGAUUUUUUUUUUUUUUUUAAUGAAACUUUUAAGGGAAACUUUCUAGGAUUUUUUGGAAUUUUCUUCCUGAAGGUUUUGCAACUUUCUAGAAAUUUGGGGAAUUUUUUGCAGAAUUUUUGGAUUUUCUUCAGACAAAGAAACUAUAUUUUCUGGUGCUUGUAAAUGAGGACAACAGGAGGGUUAAAGAAACACUACAGAGGAUAGACACAAGAGGAAAUGUGCCCUGUGUGAUGUUAUUUUGCUAGUCUGUCUUACUUGGUUAUAGCAUUAACAUGGAAUAAGAAAAACCCUUCCAGGCGCUGUAGUGACAUCCUGUUCAUUCUGUACGGGAGAAUUUACAGUUACUGAUUAU